UAGCUGUGGUCUCCAGCUUGCAAUUUCAAGGCCUUCCUGCCUCUACUAGGACCCGAAAUCUCCCUGGAACGAGCCAUGGGGAACCACCUGACGGAGAUGGCGCCCACCGCCUCUUUCUUGCCCCACUUCCAGGCCCUGCACGUCGUGGUAAUUGGGCUGGAUUCGUCCGGAAAGACCUCCCUCCUUUACCGCCUCAAAUUCAAGGAGUUUGUGCAGAGUGCCCCCACCAAAGGCUUCAACACAGAGAAGAUCCGGGUGCCCCUGGGGGGCUCCCGCAGCAUCACCUUCCAAGUGUGGGACGUCGGGGGACAGGAGAAGCUGCGGCCACUGUGGCGCUCGUACACUCGCAGGACGGACGGGCUGGUGUUUGUGGUGGACGCUGCCGAGGUCGAGCGCCUGGAAGAGGCCAAGGUGGAGCUCCACCGAAUCAGCCGGGCCUCGGACAACCAGGGUGUGCCCGUGCUUGUGCUGGCCAACAAGCAGGACCAGCCAGGGGCGCUGGGCGCCGCCGAGGUGGAGAAGAGGCUGGCCGUUCGCGAACUAGCGGCCGCCACGCUCACCCACGUGCAGGGCUGCAGCGCUGUGGACGGGCAGGGCCUGCAGCCAGGCCUUGAACGCCUGUACGAGAUGAUCCUUAAGAGGAAGAAAGCUGCUCGAGGCAGUAAGAAGCGACGAUGA